AUGGCUGCCGGUGAUCUUAUCGACUUUGAUAUAAUCGAGGGGCAGAAGGAAAAUAUUCAAUCCUUGCCUGGAGGACGGUCGGCAAAGAAGCUUGUCGAGGCCUUUUCGCCUUCCCCUUUACAACCUUUACACAAACUUUCGACACCUACACCGUCGGAUACCAAGAACAUCAACGAUUGCAUCAGAGCCGAGUACGAGGCCGAGAUCACAAACAUUUCUGAGUCGGACGACCCUCUCGACGUCUUCGACCGAUAUGUUCGCUGGACCUUUGACGCAUAUCCAUCAGCGCAAGCCACACCCCAAUCACAACUACAUACUCUAUUGGAACGUGCUACCAAAACUUUCAUUGGAUCAGCCCAGUACAAGAAUGAUCCGAGGUAUCUAAAGCUGUGGCUUCAAUAUAUCAGAUUCUUCUCCGAUUCUCCUCGGGAAACUUAUGUCUUCCUAUCACGCCAUAACAUUGGCGAAGGACUAGCCCUAUAUUACGAGGAGUACGCUGCCUGGCUAGAGAGCGCAGAGCGUUGGGCGCAAGCUGAGGAAGUAUAUAAGUUGGGUAUUGAGCGAGACGCGAGACCAGUGCAAAGAUUGGUUCGCAAAUUCGGCGAAUUUGAGAAGAGACGAGCACAGCAACCCGAUGCGGGAAACACCCCGUCAUCGCCAGCAAUACCUACAGUCCGACCUGCACUAGUAGCCAAGAUCGACCCCUUCGCUGCUCCGGCACGGCCAGCCGACCCUCAAGCUCCGAGACCAAACAUGGGUGUCGGCGGUCAAUCUUCAAAGCCUUCAAAGGCUAAACUCACAAUAUUCUCAGAUGCUGAUGCUGAGCCUAGCGCAAUGUCAAAGAUGGGAGAGGGCUCUAAGGGGUGGGAUACAAUAGGAUCAUUAGGGGACCGCAAGAAGGAAAAUAUGGUAGAGGCUAAGCCUUGGGCGGGAGAGACUUUGACGACGCAGGUGAAGAAGAGUAAUGGUCCGAAGAUGGCUAUAUUUCGGGAUCCUUCUUUGUCUAGAAUAGCAGACUCUCAUAUUGUCAUUGCCCCGUCUAAGCAUCAAGUAAUCGUGAAUCCUCAAAGCGGGAAAAGAGAGCGUGUCUUUGUUAAUUUAGACGUUGUUUAUCCAACUCCGGAGGAACCCGGAACCGAACUUUCUUUCGAAGAACUUUGGGCCGUAAACCAAGGUUGGCUCGAUGUAUCCUGGGAGGAUGAUAGCUUCGCAGAUGAACUACAAGAACGGACUCUUGGGCAAGGUUCGGAAGUAGAUCUGCUCAGUAACCAGGUCGCAGAGAAAUUAGUAGUUCACCAAGAUGUGGUAGAGCUGGAUGAGAACGGGGCAAUCAAGGAAAGCUCACGGCCUGCGAAAAGCAAAAAGAAGAAAGUGAUGGAGUAUAACGAGACCCAAAUCAGUCAGUUCAUCCCGCACCUACCUAAGAAUACUUUUUUACUCUACCAAUCAAAUAACAAGAUCGCUAAUUCUUUCGCAGUCAAAGCAAAACUGGACUCACCUUCAGGGCCAAAAAUUAAGAAAAAGAAGAACAACGCUGCAAAUUCUGAGCCUACUAUGACUAUGCACACUAGAGCGGCAACUGAUGAUAUUUAUGAUAUCUUUAACGCCCCUCUCAAGCCUGCACAAGAAGAGGAAGCGGAAGAGAGCGAAGAGGAAGAGUACACGACAGACGACGAUUAUACUAGUGGUGGAGAGAGUGUUAACACUACUAGACGAAUUUCAACCAGUGAGGCUGGUGAUGACGAUGAGAUACCUGAUGACAAGAGCGUGAGCGAAUGGUCCGAGUUCACAGUGCAGAAGCACAUCCCGAGAUUAGACGGCAGGAGCGAUAACGAAGAGGAGGAAGAGGAAGGAGAACAAAGCGACGAAGAGAUGUCGGACCUUAUUGACACCAAGGAUCACCGAGAGAACGAUGCUGGUACACCAGAGGACUCUCCUCCAAGAACAAGAUUUAUUCCUAUACCACCUGAAGAUUACGAGGCACCUACGCGGCCGUAUAGGGAUCCGGCCGAGGUAGCUAACAACCGCCUCCCGUUCAUGACACCUAUUACGGAACGCACAGAAUCUUCUCUUGGUCUAGUUACGGGAGCAAAACCGCGUUAUGACGGUACGAAGACUCCCAACGGCCGCCAUAUCGACCUACCAGAGGAGGAUGAAGAUGAGGAUGAGGAAGACGACGAAGACUUCGGGCCGCUGAGUAGUCCUCUGCGGGAAGUGCUUAGUGAGCGUCGAUCUCCCCCCAAGAUCGCACAACCUCUUCUUAAAAAGCUCAAGACAACGGCAACUGCAACUCCCCCUAGCCAAGGGAAGGCAAAUGAGGUGCAGAAGGGACCAAUUAUCAAGGAACCUAUGUGCAAUCCUGUUGAUACGGCUAUUCGAGAGGAAAUUCUUACACAUAUGCGCCCAUCGCUGAGCUCGUAUUCUGGAUUUUAUGAUCAUCGGACCGAGCGAUGUGAUAAAGGCGCUGAAAUCCGUAAGUUCGUCAAAGCCGUAGCAAAGUCAGGAGGCAAGAAAGAUAGCGAAAAGACCGGUACUAUUCACACUCCGGUUGUCCUCGAGUUUCCCGAAAUUAUGGGCGAGUACACUGUGAAGCGGGAGUUAGGCGCUGGCGCAUUCGCACCUGUCUAUCUCGUUGAGAAUUCAUCGCCGGAAGAUGACGAAAACGACGAAAACGCCCCUGUUGCCAUGGGUAAAGGUGUUUUUGCUACGUCCCGUCGCGCUACCCUUGAGGCCCUAAAGAUGGAACACCCCCCUACGGCUUGGGAAUUCCAUAUGAUGCGGCUCUCAGCUUCACGCUUAGGCCCACAUCACCGCGCUACAGCCUCCAUUUCGGCCGCGCACGAAUUACACCUAUACCAAGACGAGGGAUUCCUAUUCUUACCAUUCCACCAACACGGCACUCUUCUUGACGUAGUCAACUUCUUCUGCGAGUCAUCCAAAGGCCCUAUGGACGAGCCCCUCGCCAUGUUCUUCAGCAUCGAGCUCCUGCGCACCGUCGAAGCUUUGCACUCCAAGCAAAUCAUGCACGGCGACCUCAAGCCCGACAACUGCCUGCUCCGCCUCGAUGAUACCACUCCGCCCUCAGGCCCCUGGCGAGCAGAUGGGUCCGCCGGCUGGGACGCGCGCGGCGUGGUGCUGAUAGAUUUCGGGCGCGGCAUCGACAUGCGCGCAUUCGAGCCGGACGUCCAAUUCGUCGCGGACUGGCGCGCGGACCAACACGACUGCGCCGAAGUACGCGAGGGCCGCCCGUGGACCUGGCAGCUAGACUACCACGGGCUGGCGGGGACGAUCCACACCCUGCUAUUCGGGAAAUACAUCGAGACGGCGCGCGCGGACGCGGGCGAACGCGGGCUAUGCACGGCCGCGGCGCGCAGGUACAAGGUCCGCGAGCCGCUCAAGAGGUACUGGCAGACGGACAUCUGGGCCGAGUGCUUCGACCUGCUGCUCAACCCCGGCGCGCACGUCGAGGCGGAGGAGGCGGCUCGCAUGCCGGUUACGAGGGGCUUGAGGAGAGUCAGGGAGCGCAUGGAGAGGUGGCUGGAGAUGAAUUGCGAGAAGGGCGUUGGGUUGAGGGGGUUGAUGGCGAGGGUGGAGGCUAUGGCGAGGAGUCGGAGACACUGA